AUCGUCCUGGCUUCCACGAUGAUUCUCAGUUACAAAUUCAUGAAUUUUGCUCAUGAUUCGUACCUUUUUUUCUCCCGUGCCCAGAUAAGACUUGGCCUUCGGCUUGGCCACCCCACAGAGAGAGAGAGAGAGAUUGUGCGUUGAAAUACUGAAGAUACGGUUCCAAGUUCUCACCUUCAAAACUGAUCCAAAAAAACUUCACGAGAACCCAACUGGUUUCCUCUCAUGCAAUCCCCUGCUUAAGCAAAGGAACCCAAGAUAUUAAGGAAAGCAUAAAUUGUUGACCGUAAAGAUGGAGAUAACCAAUGUUUCCGAGUAUGAGGCCAUUGCAAAGGCGAAGUUGCCAAAGAUGGUUUAUGACUACUACUCAUCAGGUGCAGAGGACCAGUGGACUCUUCGGGAGAACAGAAAUGCAUUCUCCAGGAUUCUGUUUCGACCUCGUAUUCUUAUUGAUGUGAGCAAGAUAGACCUGACCACUACUGUCUUGGGCUUCAAAAUAUCAAUGCCCAUUAUGAUUGCUCCAACUGCCAUGCAAAAAAUGGCACAUCCUGAAGGAGAGUAUGCAACAGCAAGAGCAGCAUCAACAGCUGGCACAAUUAUGACAUUAUCCUCAUGGGCUACCUCAAGUGUUGACGAGGUUGCUUCUACAGGGCCUGGAAUUCGCUUUUUCCAGCUUUAUGUAUACAAAGACAGGAAUGUAGUUUCACAACUUGUAAGAAGAGCUGAAAGGGCUGGUUUUAAGGCCAUUGCCCUCACUGUUGAUACUCCAAGACUGGGUCGGAGGGAAUCUGAUAUAAAAAACAGGUUCUCUUUACCACCAUUCUUGACAUUGAAGAAUUUUGAGGGAUUGGACCUUGGCAAGAUGGAUAAGACAGAUGACUCUGGACUUGCUUCAUACGUUGCUGGUCAAGUUGAUCAAUCUUUGAGCUGGAAGGAUGUGAAGUGGCUUCAGACAAUCACUUCGUUACCAAUUUUAGUGAAAGGUGUACUAACUGCAGAGGAUACGAUUUUAGCCAUACAAAAUGGAGCAGCAGGUAUCAUUGUGUCCAAUCAUGGAGCACGUCAACUUGAUUAUUCCCCUGCCACUAUCAUGGCUCUGGAGGAGGUUGUUAAAGCUGCACAAGGCCGAGUUCCUGUUUUCCUGGAUGGUGGGGUCCGGCGUGGGACAGAUGUCUUCAAAGCAUUGGCGCUUGGAGCCUCUGGAAUAUUUAUUGGAAGGCCUGUUGUCUUCGCUUUGGCUGCUGAUGGUGAGGCUGGUGUAAGAAAGGUACUCCAAAUGCUUCGCGAUGAGUUUGAGCUUACUAUGGCAUUAAGCGGAUGCCGUUCACUCCAGGAGAUCACUCGUAACCAUAUUGUUACGGAAAGGGACCAACCUCGUCCUUUCCCUACCCCAAGGUUAUAAAGAUGCCUUGAAUAUCACCGAUGGGCCAACAUAUAAGUGUGAGGUUCCAUUUACAUCAUCAAGAGCCUGCCUGUUGUUGGAAGAGCUAAUUUCAGAUUCAAUGGAUUUGAGAUAAUUUGAAGAAUAUAAGUUAGUUAUGAUGGAUGCUACUUCCUCAAGUGGCUAUCCUAGCAUUCCCUGUAUAUUCAUUUUUUUUUCAACCCAGGAUAUUUUUCUAAAUAAUAAUAGAAUAUAUCUGCGAGGCUAUCUCGAAGGACUUUGUUAUAAA